GCAUCUUGCAGCCCGCCAAGAUGUCGACUACCCAGAGUGUCCAAUGCUUCGGCAAGAAAAAGACCGCAACUGCCGUGGCACACUGCAAGUCCGGCAAAGGCCUGAUCAAGGUCAACGGCAAGCCGCUCUCGCUCGUCCAGCCCGAAAUCCUGCGCUUCAAGGUCUACGAGCCCGUCCUCAUCCUCGGCGUUGACAAGUUCGCGGACGUUGACAUCCGCGUUCGCGUCUCCGGCGGUGGACACACUUCGCAGAUCUACGCCAUCCGACAGGCCAUUGCCAAGUCAAUCAUCGCCUACUACCAAAAAUACAUCGACGAGCACUCCAAGAACCAGCUCAAGCAAGCCCUCGUCCAAUACGACCGCACCCUCCUCGUCGCCGACAACAGGCGCUGCGAGCCCAAGAAGUUCGGCGGCCCCGGUGCGCGUGCCAGAUACCAGAAAUCGUACCGGUAGAGGAUUCGUUGUUGCGUUGGGGAUGGAUUGUCCGGGGCUCUAGAUUGGUUGGGUCGGAUCGUGGCUGCGGUUAUGGCUCAGCGUUUCUCCGGCAUGAUCACGGCGAUAUGGACUGCGGCUUUGUGUGAUUCAUAAAAAUGGGAAAUAACAAUUCUAGUUGUGAACACACACAAUUACAGCGGAGACGAAAGUGAGGUCGUGACGCUCGAUGAUGGGCUGAUUCCGGCACGAAGUGCGUAAUCCGAGAUGGCUGGCAAAGAUAGCGAUGACAGAGAAACAGCUGGUGGCAUAGACAGACACACUGAGCUCAUGAUACUGGAUUUGAUGGCCCUGAUGGAAGCUCAAGGUAUCGGUAUUAGGUAAAAUCGGUCGUCCCUGCAGCACCGGUCCAUGCGGAAAUAUACACCAGACCACGCUGAAACUCAAGAAG